AUGGCCAAGAAAGGUGGCAAGGGAAAGAAGAAGGGUGGCGCCAAGGCCACCGCUGCUGCUGCUGUCGACAAGGUCGCUGACAAGGUUGAGAAUGUUAACCCCAGUGAAGAGACACCCACAAAUGACGUGAAGCCCGAGUCCGUUGAGCAGACAGAAGCUCCUAUUGAAUCGCAAGCCACUGAGACCCCCGCUGCGGCUGCAGUGACCGACUCUAAGGCUGAGGAAAGCGAGACCAAGGUUGAAGAGGCCGAGAAGAAGGUCGAGGAGGCCGAGAAGCCUGAAACUGUCCCCGAGACUCAAAAGGCCGAGACCACCGUGCAGGAUGCUGUAGACAAGGCCCAGGCCUCCAAGGAUGCUCAGGCUAGCUCCCUGGAUGCUGGUGAGAAGCAGGUCAAGUCUGUCCUCCCCGAGAGCUCUGUCAAGGAGACUAGCGUUGGCGCCGAGAUAUACCCCUCAACCAGCGAGACUGCUGCUGAAGAAUCUGCAACCUCCACCGCUGCUGGUACCACAGCCCUCGAGAACUCUCUCCCUGAGCGCCCCAAGACCUCCGAGUCAACCAAGGCCCCCGCUACCGCCGCCGCUGCCAUUCACAACCACGGCGAGCCCGCGACAGUUCCCUCCGAGACUCUCGACGCUGCGCACACCAAGCGCCCUUACGAGAAGCCCAUCUUCUCCAACGACGAGGUCAAGCCACCCAAGAUGGCCAAGACCGAGGAGGAAGAGAAGCAGGCUGUCACCGAGACACCCGAGAACCUGGCUGGUGCCGGUCCCGCCUCUACAGCCGCAUACACUGCUCCUGAGCCCGUUCCCGUGGCUGCAGCUCCCACCGUUACCACCGACUUCACCCCCGUCUCCAAGCCUGUCGCCGAGUCUAAGCCUAUCGCUGAGUCCAAGCUUGUUGCCGGAUCUCCCAGCAAGGCGAACCCAGAUGCCGUCGCGGCUGCCAACGCUGCCUUGAACAGCUCCAAGUCCGACAAGGGUGCUGUGGCCGCUGCUGAGGGUGAGCUGAAGAAGCCCGAGGCUGCUUUGAAGCGUGAGGAGACCAAGGCUACAGAGGCGCCUCAGCAGGAGGCUGCUCCCUCUGCUCAAGAACCUGCUGCUUCUGCCCCUGCUCAGGGUGCUGAGUCCAAGGCCGAUGAGCCCCAGACCAGCGAGCAGGCCGAGAAGAAGAAGGGUGGAUUCUUCGCGCGCUUGAAGCGGAUGUUCAAGUAA